AUGAAAACCGUAAACACUGUUCACGAUCAAGAAAAGACUUCACCAAAAGAAUCCAUACAAAAUAUAUCUCAAAAAUCUAUCGGGAAUUUAGUUGAAGCUAGUACAUACGUGCCAAGUGAAGUUGUACAAGGUUUAUUACAAGGAUUUUCGGCAAACUCAAUAGGAGAAAUAUUGAAAUUAUUAAUAGAAGAAAUUUUAUCUUGGGGUCGCUAUUCUGAAAAAUACGAAGAUAGAUCUAUAAAGCUUAUAUCCGAAAAUAAAAAUCUUAAGGAUAAGACUGCAAGAACCCAGAUUUAUAAUGAAAUGAAGCCAUACCUCACGGGCAUUUCUGAUGAAUAUUUACGCAAAAUAACAAGUAAAGCAAGAAAAAUUCUUAAGCUAUUUGGAUGGGAAUAUGAUACUAUAACCCAGGAAAAAGUCAAUGGAAUAGGAUGGCAUAUGGUUAAACAAGUUACUUACAGUGCCGAUACUAUUUCAAGACUUACUAAUAUUGAAAUCCGGUAUAUUAUAGAUCAAGUAACUUCGGUAUGA